UUUUUUUUUUUUUGCCAAUUUGGAUUUUGGUCUCCAUACGGUGCCAUUAAAUCUCAAAGCUCCACGCAUCUGAAUUCUCAUCCUCUCAUUCGUCUCUGCAAAUCGAAAUCAAAUUAAAGUUUAGCAGAUUUUCAUUGAGCAGGAAGAAGAAGACGAUGUCGUCUAUUGGAACUUCAAAGGGUGUAUUAGAGAUAGUAAAGUUCGCAGUAUACGUAUCAGUUCCAAUUGGUCUCAUGUACAUAUUCGCCAACAACAACAAAAAUCUUCAGAAAAUCAUGGGACAUCGUGAAUAUGUAGUUUAUCCUACAGAAACUGUAAGGCCCCAAUCGCCUGAGGAACUGAGGGAGAUUGCAAAAGAAAUAGGUCGGAAGAGAGAGAGGGACCAAGCAAUGCGGAGCUGAGGAAGACGUGCAACCCACAAAACGAAGAGGCGUAGAAGAAUUUGUAGGUCUGUUAGUAAUGCUUGCACAAAGGAACAUCCAGAGUCCUUUCUGUUCAGCGAAGAGAUGGAUGUGCUUUUACUAGUGUUCACCAAUAAGUGAGUUGUUGCCAAUAAAACUGUGUAGCAAAGCCAGUGAUUGUAUUAGAAAACCCAUCUACAAAGUGUUUCUCCACCUUUAAUCACACUAGUUGUUGAAAUGUGUGACAAUCUCUUAAUGAAUAUUCUAACUCCGCUAUUGAGUUCGGCGUAUGUCUUAGGGGCAAAAGGCCCUUCUUUAAUAUUUGACUGGACAUAAUUAAAAGGAUGUCUACGUCUGUUAUCUGUAUUAGAUGCAUGGGUUCCACACAUGGAAAUUUCAGCUAA